UGCUGGCCCCUCAGCCUAUGACCAGACCCCCGCCCGCCUGGCCAGAGUCCUGGCCUGCCUUGGUGGCUCCCGCUUGACACAGGCUCUCCGUGACCUGAGAACAGCGACACGCAUUCCUCCGCGGGCCGUGCCCCCCCCCUGCUCAGAACAUCUGGGCGUGUCUCAGUCUACAGGCAUCUGGAGGCUGGCCCGCACUCAGCACACCUCACUGUGGGUGGUCAGGUGCCAGCCAGGGUGACAAGGUGCCGGGCUGGGGGCAGAGGAGUGAGGCCGGGCCGCGGGCCCUGAGUCCUGAUGGAAGGAGGUGGGGCUUUAGGGCCGGGAUGGACGAGGACUACUCCUCUCAGAUGAAGAAGAUGGCCUUGGCCAUGGGCACGUCCCUGUCGGACAAGGACAUAGAGCUGCUGCCCACGGACAUGAGGCAUCACGGCUCCUUCAACUACCUCAGGUUCUUGGAGUACAUGCAGAAAUUCCAGGCCUCGGGGCAGCUGGAGAGCGCCAUCCGCCAGGCCUUCCAGACUCUGGACAAGGACAAGAGUGGCUUCAUCGAGUGGAACGAGAUCAAGUACAUCCUGUCCACCAUCCCCAGCAGCGGGCCCACCGCCCCGCUGACAGACGAGGAGGCAGAGGCCGUGAUCCAGGCGGCCGACACGGACGGGGACGGCAGGAUCGACUUCGAAGAAUUUUCUGAAUUGAUCAAAAAGGAGAAACUUCCAAAGAAGAAGUAGUGCCACGCCCAGCCCUGGGCCAGGGAAAGCUACCCUACGGCGCAUCGUGGGGGGUUUGUGUGUCCGAUCAAGGAGGCCGUGGGGGCAGACGCGGCAUGUGCCAG